GAUGGAUGCAGCUUGAAAACUCGAAGAAAACUACUUUCAUUCACUAGAGAAGCCAUAGCCAUAGUCAUGGGGAGCUUCUGUCUUCCUUCUACUUUCUCUUCUUGUAUUCGCAGUUCCGCUGCAACAAAUUCCAUGGCAAUGGCAGCUUUUCUCUCUCAUCACCCCAAGAUUUUACCUCAACCCUUCCUCUCCACAACCUUCCGCUUCAUUUCUCUUUCAACUUCAACAAAACCGCCUCGAAAACUUUUCCAAGCAGUUAGAUCAGUGGCUACGCCUGCGGAAGGUAUUGCAGGGUUUGAGAGUAUGAUCUCUGGAACCGAGCGGAAGUAUUACCUGUUAGGUGGGAAAGGAGGUGUUGGGAAGACAAGUUCUGCUGCCGCUCUAGCUGUGAAGUUUGCAAAUAGUGGCCACCCCACGCUUGUUGUGUCUACGGAUCCAGCACAUUCGUUAAGUGAUUCAUUUGCUCAGGAUUUGACUGGCGGUACACUGGUACCAGUUGAAGGUCCUGACUCUCCAUUAUUUGCCCUUGAGAUAAACCCUGAGAAGGCUAGGGAGGAAUUCCGCACUACUGCUCAAAAAAAUGGUGGAACUGGCGUAAAAGAUUUCAUGGAUGGCAUGGGCCUUGGAAUGCUUGUAGACCAGUUAGGAGAGUUGAAACUCGGAGAAUUGCUGGACACACCGCCUCCUGGUUUGGAUGAAGCUAUAGCAAUUGCAAAGGUCAUCCAAUUUCUUGAGUCUCCAGAGUAUAACAUGUUUACUCGCAUAGUUUUUGACACAGCACCUACGGGUCAUACUUUGAGGCUUCUAUCCCUCCCAGACUUCUUAGAUGCUUCCAUAGGCAAGAUAUUGAAGCUUAGGCAAAAAAUAGCUUCAGCUACCUCGGCCAUUAAAUCUGUAUUUGGGCAAGAAGAAAAGCGGCUGGAUGCAGCUGACAAAUUAGAGAGAUUAAGAGAAAGAAUGGUAAAAGUUCGCGAGCUUUUUCGUGACAAAGAAUCUACGGAAUUUGUCAUAGUUACAAUCCCCACGGUUAUGGCCGUAAAUGAAUCAUCAAGGUUGCAUGCUUCUCUGAAAAAGGAAUCUGUCCCUGUCAAGAGGCUUAUUGUGAAUCAGAUUCUUCCUCCGUCAGCAUCAGAUUGCAAGUUUUGUGCAAUGAAAAGAAAGGAUCAAUUGCGUGCUUUGGAUCUCAUCCGUAACGACCCAGAACUCUCGAGCUUGUUGGUGAUCGAAGCACCAUUAGUCGAUGUGGAGAUUCGAGGUGUUCCAGCUCUUAAAUUUCUUGGAGACAUCAUUUGGAAGUGAAUGUUUUGCUGGUAACUCUUUUUGUUACCCACUUCUAUGGUUCUUGACGUAUCAUCUCCCAGCCAACUGACUGCAGCAGGUUCAUGAUGGGAAAAACAGUAAUUCAGAUUGAGCACAGCUCUAUAGUUGAAGUAACACAAACACAGUUUCUAGAACUCAUGAGAUUUUAGGAAAAAAGUUGAAAGGAAAAAAGAAAAAAAGGGAAAUAGAGGCUGAAGGUGUAUCACUAUAUCAUGUAAGCACUGGACAAUGCCUGAUAGAUAUGAAUGUUUUAUACUUUUGGGUGCUGGGGCUCUUGUAUUUUCUCGAAAGUUUGGCACCUGGAAGAUUCAAAACUUGAUCUCUCGGUCGAAGGUAUGUUCUAAUCAAAGUUUUUUAGUGACCUAGCUUCGAGAAUUGGAUGUCUCUUGUUCCAUUUUUUCAA